AUGAGGGACAAUUUUAAUAUUGAACACGAUGGUAUAACUUGUACUUUUGUAGAAACUCCGCCAAGCUAUAUUAAACUUGAACCAAAUGAAGAGUUUUUGUAUAUCAAGAACUCAAAAUAUCAUUUAGAGAAUGGUAUUGCGUGUAUUUUAACUUAUCCAAGUUCACUGAAAUUGUACCAUACUUUUAAGGAAAGAAUAAAACAUGAAAAUAUUCAUAAUUUAGCUAAUCAUAGGUUUGUGCUAUUGCUUCAUGGUAUGCAAUCUCAUAAGAAUGCUGUUUAUCAACCUUUGUUGGCUUCGAAAUUGUCAGAUCUAGGCUACUUUACGUUAAGAUUGGAUUUUAGAGGGAAUGGUGAUUCUGAACCUUGUUCACACAACAAGACUGGGAGAAAUAUCAAUAUUGAUUUAGAAGAUAUUGGGACUAUAUAUAGUUUUAUUAAGAACUCGAAAAUAUUUUUAAACCAUUCACUCUCGUUCGAUACAAUAGUAGCACAUUCUAGAAGUGUCAUUUCAAUGUUUCAAUUUUUAAUAGAAAACCCAACUAUAUAUAUUCCAAACUUGAUAAACUGUUCUGGUAGAUUCGAUGGAUUGACAUUACUAGAACGGUUACAAAAUAAACAUCCACAUUUAGAAAAAGAGAAUGGGUUUUGGUGCACUUUAUUGAGGUAUGGAGAAAUUGUCAAUUCCUGGAUUCCACUUGAUGAGAUGUUGAGUUUUAUUAAUACAGAUUCCAAAGAAUUCGAUAAAAUUAAUAAUAAUUGUUGGGUUCUUUCCUGUUAUGGAUCUAAAGAACAGAUAAUCCCAUUGGAAUCGGCAUCACACUUUGCAAAUACCUUUAUAGGUAGACAUUGCCUACAAAUCAUUGAUGGAGCCGAUCAUAACUUCUAUGGUUUGCCAGAUGAUCAAAACCUUUCAAAUUUACCUUUGAGAAAAGGUAAAGUGAAUUAUGGCGUCUUAUUGACCUCAAAGAUAAUUGAUCAUUUGAGUUGGCAACAUCAAUUAGAGAGGUUCUACAAGAUUACUGAAUAUAUAGACGUUAAUCCCAAUAAUAUGUUUCAAAAUCCAUCGGUAAAACUGUCAAGAUGGCCAUUAGAGUACAAUUAUUCAAAAGUUUCUAAUUUUAGAGAUAUUGGUGGAUAUUUGACAAUAUUUCAAAACCGUAGAGUUAAAUCUGGACUACUGUUUAGAAGUGCAAACCCGUGUGACAUAACUCAAAACGCAUUGCAUUACAUGCAGAGCACACUAAAUAUUAGACAUGUAUUUGACUUAAGAUCUCAAGAGGAAGCGUUAGAAAACGGUAUUAUUAACGUUGACGCUCCUGGAUAUAAUAUGAAAGUUGAAAAAUUACCGUUUAAUAAAAACGUGAGUAUGUCACCCGACAUGAUGGCAGAACAUUUCCAAAGUCUAUUAAUCUCAGCUCAAAGUUUUCCAAAGACAUACAUGAUAAUAUUAAAAGAAUCAAUAGAAGAGAUUAGAAUUUUUUUCCAAUUUAUAAUCGAUGGUCACUGUAAUAAAAAAAAUGCUGUCAUGUAUCAUUGUACCGCCGGGAAGGACAGAACAGGAAUUUUGACAAUGCUUAUCUUAUCAAUACUAGGUGUUGAAGAUGACCUGAUUGCUAAAGAAUAUGAAUUAACCACUAUUGGGCUGAAAACAGAAGAAAAACUAUACAAAAAAAUUGAGGCUAGAAGUGAUCUAUACGUUCAAAUGUUCAGCCGAGACCCAAACAGGAUAAUACAAGAGUAUAAUUUGACACCACAGAAGAUGUGUAAAAACUUAUUAUCUUCUCGUUAUGAAGCAAUGAGAAUUUUCAUCGAAGAAUUCAAUAGGGAAUAUAACUCCAUCGACGAAUUUUUCAUCAAACAACUCCAAUUUUCCCUUCAUGAUAUAGGGAAACUGAGGGAUAUCCUUCUAGAAUGA